UCUCCUCCACGGAAACAGGACACGUCUAACUUGUCGGCUUUGGACUUCAGUUUUUUUUGCCCCCUUCUCUAAAUUCUCCACUCCACCGUGUCUUUUCCGUCACUUAACCUAGAUUAACAUUUGGCGACUCGCGCUUUAAAAUGUGUUUUAGAGGCUCCCGGAGCGCGCCUUAAACACUCUCAUCCUCACGAGGCUUUACGCUUGAGUGCGCCCAUCCAAGGACUCUGUAAGGUGGUCAGAAAUAUGCCUUCUUAUCAGGCUGAUGUUGUGCGGUAACGGAGGAAACUACAGGCAGAGGUGGAUGCACACCUUCUGGAGCUACUCGCAUCUCCGACAGGUGUGCGGCCGUGCGCAAAACGGAUCCGGCUGCGACGCAAACUGCCUCGGUAAUCGUUAGAGACAGACGUCCUGGGUGCGUGUCCAACUAUUUUGGACAAACCGACUAACAUGUGGAGCCGGGACGCAUGCAACAGAGAGCCCUGAACAUGAGGAGGAGCCGACCCGCCGCAAAUAUGGGACUUCUGGUGCUGUUCAGAUGGCUUGUAUUCACAGUGGCGGUGCCCGCCUGGCUGCUCGCUGCUCCGAGCGGCAUCCGUGAGCGUCCCUGCCCCCUGAGCUGCAGAUGUGAUGGGAAAAUAAUAUACUGCGAGUCCAACGCCUUUCGUGACGUGCCAAGCAAUGUGUCUGUGGGCACACAGGGCCUCUCCCUGCGCUACAACAGCCUGGCCAACCUCAGGAGCCACCAGUUUGCCGGCCUGAGCCAACUGGUUUGGCUCUACCUGGACCAUAAUUACAUUAAUGCUGUGGACGGUCAGGCAUUUCAUGGGAUACGGAGGCUCAAAGAACUGAUUCUCAGCUCCAACAAGAUCACACUGCUGAAAAACAACACUUUUCAUGAUGUUCCUAAUUUACGUAACCUUGACCUUUCCUAUAAUAAGCUGCAGAUCCUCCAGCCGAAGCAGUUUUACGGUCUACGGAAACUCCUCAGUUUGCACUUGAGGUCAAACUCCUUAAAAACCAUCCCAAUGAAAGUUUUCCUCGACUGCCGCAACCUGGAGUUUCUGGAUAUCGGCUAUAACAGGCUGCGGAGCCUGACGCGUAAUGCCUUCGCAGGACUCAUGAAGCUCAUCGAGCUUCAUCUGGAGCACAACCAGUUCUCAAAGAUUAACUUUGCUCAUUUUCCCCGCCUGACUAACCUGCGGGCGCUCUAUUUGCAGUGGAACCGUAUCAAAGUGCUCACCCAGGGCCUGCCGUGGAUGUGGACUUCAUUGCAAAAGCUGGAUCUCUCUGGAAAUGAGCUGCAAACGUUGGACCCGAGCGCAUUUCAGUGCCUCCCUAAUCUGCAGACUCUUAACCUCGACUCCAACAAACUCAGCAAUGUGUCUCAGCAGACUGUGGAGGCCUGGAUCUCCCUCACCACCAUCAGUUUGGCGGGUAAUUUAUGGUACUGUAAUCCCAACAUCUGUCCCCUGGCGGCCUGGCUUCAGGCCUUUAAGGGCAACAAGGAGACGACGAUGAUUUGUGCGGGCCCUAAGGAGGCUCAAGGAGAGAAAGUGACAGAUGUGGUGGAGACGUAUAAUAUCUGUACAGCAACGCCGUCCCCUGUCACCACCACCACAACGACGACGACGACUACUUCCCCUUUCAUUUCUACAUUUCAGCCCGAGCUGCCUCCUCUUCCCACACUUCCUGCGAUGGAUAAGAAGCUGAUCUGGAACAGGACAGCCUCCCCGACUCCCUCCGAGGCCUCCCCCACCAUCCCUCUGCCAGACACCGAGUACGUGUCCUUCCACAAGAUCAUCGCAGGUACCGUGGCCCUCCUCUUAUCAGUGGCUAUAAUUCUCCUGGUUAUCUACGUGUCGUGGAAGCACUAUCCCAGCAGUAUCAAACAGCUUCAGCAGCGCUCGGCGGUCAAAAAGCGCCAGAAAAAGGCGCGAGAGACCGAGCGCUCCCUAAAUUCACCACUGCAAGAGUACUAUGUGGACUACAAGCCUUCACACUCAGAGACUAUGGAUGUGCUGGUUAAUGGGACAGGACCUUACACUUACACCAUCUCAGGCUCCAGGGAAUGCGAGGUAUGA